AAUGCACUCAAUGACCCUUUAUAAAUACUCACACUGCGAAGCUGCAUUCUCUCAACCCAACAAUAAAAACAAAAGAACUAAGAGAAAAUCAGACUCAGACCCUCCUCUGAUUCUUUCCUCAUCGACGCCGAUGGAUUCACUUACUAGUACCCAAAAGGCUAAACCAAGAAAUAUGAAGGCUGUUGUGAAGAAGUCUCGAGUUCAAAUACUCUUAGAUUUGUUUUACCGGGUGAUCCAAAUAACUGUGGUUAUGGUUACAGUGGCCAAGCUCUGUUACCAACUAAUCAUCAUGUUCGAGGACUCUGGUCUCACACGUUUUCUCAUCAACCGUCACCUUGCUUUCGUCUUGGGGAAUGCGAUAGUCAUCACUAUAGUCGCCAAGUGUGGUCUCUUUGUGGGUCAAGAACCAGAUGCACGGAGAAAUAGCAAUGAUUUUUACGACGAGUUUGUUUGGGAGAGGUCUAGACGAGAACAGACUUUACAUACAGAUGUGAUAUGCAGAGAAACACAGAGCACUGGAGAUAAGGGAGAGAAACAGAAAAAGACCGAGAACAGUGCGAAACAGAGGUCCGACGAGGAGAAAAGCAAGAAGGACGUAACUGUGGAGAGACGGAGACAAAUCAUUACCCAAAAACAGGAAAGUCCGAAGAACAGUUACGAAAGGAGUCGGUCAGAGAAACUAGAGGGCUCGAAGAAGAGUUCUUGUGGGAAGUUGAAGAGAUCGGAGACUGAGAGGCCUUCUGAUGAUUCUGAUGAUGAACUCCGAUACAAGAUCGAGUCUUUCAUUGCGAGACAGAGGAGGAACCAAAAGGAUGAAGAGUUUUGUAUUGUUUAGAUGUAAAGAAAAAUAAAAAAGCAAGGAAAAAAGAAGAAUAAGGAAAAACUUUAGUUUAUGCAAUAACAUUCACAUAUAUUUUGUGUGUUUGUAAAUAUACGGGUACAAAUAUUUCAAAGCCCGAGCAUAAAAUGUUGUUUAGCUUUUCUUUUUAUUUUCUUUGUAUAAUUUUGUUCGUUUUUGUAAAGAGAGAUAUAUAUUUUUAUUUUCUGUCAGUUUGAUGUUAAAAUGAUUAA